AUGCGCUCACUACGUCCAUCAGCAGCGCGCAGAAUCCGCGCAUCGCUAACUCCGGAAACAACAACACGGACAUUCCACGCACGACAGAGCCCAAGGCCAUGUCUCCUUUGCGCACACGGCAUACCGCCCCAGGCGAUAUCGUGCAGAUUGCAGUCGACGUCUUCGUCGUUCAAUACCGUCGAAAAGCCAUUUGAUACGCAGAGUGCCACAACACAAUCGUCGCAGGUCCCGCAAACACACUAUUCCUUCUUCCCGAAUGCCCUUCCAGCCGGACCACCGCCAGACGGCCCCUUUGCCAUCGAUCUCUCUGCGCUCAAGAAAGAGUUUCUCCAACUUCAAGCCCGCGCCCAUCCCGACCUCCAUCCCCAGGCAGACAAGAAACGCGCCGAAGCCCUCUCAGCACGCAUCAACGAGGCCUACAAAACACUCCAGAACCCGCUUCUGCGCGCGCAAUACCUGCUGUCUCUGCGCGGAAUAGAAGUAGCAGAAGACGAAACGGCCAAAGUGGACGACCCAGAGUUAUUGAUGGAGGUGCUCGAGGCGAGAGAGAACAUAGAAGAGGCAGAGAGCGAAGAGGACUUGGUGGAGAUGAGGGAGAGGAACGAGGAGAGAAUAGCGGAGAGCACGGAGAUAAUCGACCAGGCGUUUAAGAGAGAUGACCUAGAUGCUGCCAAGAGUGAAGCGGUCAAGCUGAGGUAUUGGGUCAACAUCAAAGAGAGUAUUGAGAACUGGGAAAAAGGGGUGCCGGUUGUACUGCAGCAUUAG